CCCUGCUGGGCAAGUGAGACAGGGUGCAGUGCAGCCCUGGCUUUGUUCCUGGGGCUGGUUUCUCAACUCCUUUCGCCACCCUGGCAGAAAGCGCCUAUAACCACCCCAGAGCCUGCAUCUACAAAGCCCAGAGAGUCGGAAGGCGAGCAGGGUCGGGCGCGCUGGGGAGGCAGGAGGAUCCCCCACGCUCUAAGGCUGACGCGCGGCUCCCGCAUCAGGCCGCCUCCAGCCCGAUGAAGACCCCCAGGCCGGGGCUGAGAGCCUUGAGCAGCCGGGAUCGAAAUCUUGCGGCGGCCUUAGAGCGUUAGACAGGAUGCGGGUGGGCCGCAGGGCCCUCUGCGUGCUGGUUCUGCUGCUAGCCUGCGCCUCUCUGGGGCUCCUGUACGCAAGAACCCGGGACGCGCCGGACCUCCGGGUACCUCUUGCUCUGUGGGCGCCCGUGCAGGGUCCCCCGAGGCCAGAGUUGCCAGACCUCGCCCCCGAGCCCCGCUAUGCUCACAUCCGGGUCAGGAUCAAGGAGCAAGUGGUAGGGCUGCUCUCUGGAAACAACUGCAGUUGUGAGUCCAGUGUGGGGAGUCUUCACCUCCCCUUUCAGAGGCAGGUCCAAGCCAUUGACUUCACGAAGGCCUUUGACCCUGAGGAGCUGAAGGCUGCCUCUGGCUUGAGGGAGCAGGAGUUCCAGGCCUUCCUUUCAAGGAGCCAGUCCGCUGCCGACCAGCUGCUCAUUGCCCCUGCCAACUGCCCCCUACAAUACCCCGUGCAGGGUGUGGAGGUACAGCCCCUCAGGAGCAUCUUGGUGCCAGGGCUGAGCCUGCAGGCUGCCUCUGGUCAGGAGCUAUACCAGGUGAACCUGACUGCCUCCUUGGGCACGUGGGACGUGGCAGGGGAAGUGACUGGAGUGACUCUCAUAGGAGAGGGGCAACAAAAUCUCACCCUGGCCAGCCCAGGGCUGGACCAACUCAACCGGCAGCUGCAACUGGUUACUUAUAGCAGCCAAAGCUACCAGGCAAACACAGCAGACACAGUCCGCUUCUCCACCGAGGGACAUGAAGCAGCCUUCACCAUUCGUAUAAGGCACCCCCCCAACCCUCGGCUGUACCCACCUGGGUCUCUACCUCAGGGAGCCCAGUACAACGUUAGCGCUCUGGUCACCAUUGCCACUAAGACCUUCCUUCGUUACAAUCGGCUGCGGGCACUCAUCGCCAGUAUCCGCCGCUUCUACCCCACGGUCACUGUGGUCAUCGCCGACGACAGCGACAAGCCAGAGAUCAUUAACGGUCCCUACAUCGAGCACUAUCUCAUGCCUUUUGGCAAGGGCUGGUUCGCAGGCCGGAACCUGGCUGUGUCCCAAGUAACCACCAAGUACGUGCUGUGGGUGGACGACGACUUCAUCUUCACUGCGCGGACGCGGCUGGAGAGGCUUGUAGACGUGCUGGAGCGGACGCCGCUGGACCUGGUGGGGGGCGCGGUGCGCGAGAUCUCGGGCUUCGCCACCACCUACAGGCAGCUACUGAGCGUGGAGCCCGGCGCGCCAGGCCGCGGGAACUGCCUCCGGCAAAGGCGCGGCUUCCACCACAAGCUCAUAGGCUUCCCCGGCUGCGUGGUCACUGACGGCGUGGUCAACUUCUUUCUCGCGCGCACAGACAAAGUGCGCGAGGUCGGCUUCGACCCUCGCCUCAGCCGUGUGGCGCACCUGGAAUUCUUCCUGGAUGGACUUGGCUCCCUUCGGGUGGGCUCCUGUUCAGAUGUCAUCGUGGACCACGCCUCCAAGUUGAAGCUGCCUUGGACAUCAAGGGAUGCUGGGACAGAGACGUAUGCCCGGUACCGUUAUCCCGGAUCUUUGGACGAAAGUCAGGUGGCCAAACACCGCCUGCUUUUCUUCAAACACCGGCUGCAGUGCAUGACGACGGAGUGAUGGCCACGCAGGGCCUUCCAACGUUGGGCUCAGCCUGCCUCCUUGUCCCUAACUGGAAUUCCUAGCAAACCCCACCACCCAGUGACCACUCCACUGACUGUCCCCGGUCUCCUUCAGGGCCUGAUCCCAAAACAGGGCUUGUCUUGGUGACGCCCCUCCUUUCUGUGAGGACCCGGGGGCACGAGGGAGCCAUAACUCAUCCCACAGCCAGUGCCAAGUCCUCCCCACACCCUUUCUCAGGGAGGUUGGGGGUCACUUUCCAAGUGCCAAAGAGCCCAAAGGACUCUAAGAACCUAAAGUGGAAACGCUAAUCUCCUGGGGAUUGAGUUGGUGGGGAAGCCCCCAACAUGUAUUCCCAGGGUUGUGCCCCCUCCCCC